AUGUCGCUCGAAGCUCAGCCCGAGAAAGUUUGUUAUGUCCACUGCAACUUCUGCAACACCAUCCUCGCGGUAUUCCUCUCUCAGCAUCCUUCUCCCUCUACCCGUUCUUCCUCCUUCCCGUUCCCUCUCUAUAUAUCUGCUUCUUUAUCAAUCGAUAUCUACAAAUCAAUCCGUACAUCCACUUAUCUAUUGAUGCAUCUUAGAGAUGAUCCACCUUAUUACGGUGUUUCCAGAUGAGGACGAAUUUAGGUUUCUGGGGGCCGAUAUUUCAUGGAGCUCUCCACUUCCCCGCUACUCUUCCCAUCUAGAGGCCUAAGCGAUCUCCACGAGUUCUGUGGAAGGACUCAGAUCAAUUCUAUCAAUGACGUGGUUUCCUAAAUUUUCACAAUGGGUGCAACCCGCAUAGGAUGGUUCCUGUCUCGUCUCUUCUUCUAUGCAUGAGGAUACCAACUCCUCUCUCUCUCUCCCUCCUCUCCCUUCCCUCUUCCUCUCUCUCUCUACACCUUCAGACUUUGAGAUGGAGAUGAUGUAAAAUCUACCUAAAACGACUUCCUUUUGGUACUUCUCUACAAAAUAAUUCCCAUGCUAGAGAUACUCGGGGAGAAAACAUAUACAUCGUAUUGAGAGAGAGGACGAGGGAUCAGACUGAGUUUUCUGUGAAAGAAUCUGGGAUUCCCAAAAUCUCAGCUUAAGGAGGGAGUUACUUCCAUGAGAAAAAUCUUAUCCAGGAUCAUAUUAAGAGCGUCUGCUGAUUGAUAGCAGACUUGCCGGUGAGAUUAAAUUUUCUGGAGAUCGUCGCGAAUCACUGGAUUCCAGUAUCUCAAUAAUGGAUAUCUAAUCGAUUUGAAGAGGACCAGUGAUUCAUUUGAUCCAGGACUAAUUUAACAAUUCAAUAGUAUGUGGUUAGGCAUCUAAAGAUGAUAUGGGAAAAUCUAAAGAUCCUUCCAGCAGCGAGUUAGUGUAUUCAUCGUGAUAAAUAGACUCAGUUUCAAAUACCUCAAUUUGUGAAUAGAAUGAUUUAUUGCUGCAUUGUUUCAAGAUGUCCUCUCUCUCUCUCUCUCUCUCUCUCUCUCCCCUCCCUCUCUCUCGAUAUAUUCAUGCAUCUGUUUCUCUUUUUAUCAGUCUAUCAAUCUUCGGGUCCUGCAUUAUCCUAUUCUUAAACAAGGUCUGAGGAAUGAGAAAAGUAGAAAGUUGGAUAUCUUGGAAAAGGCUUCUAACUUUUUUAUUUAUGAAAAUAUAGCGUAUUCGCAUUCUACGAUAUUUUAAUUUACACUAUUAAAAUGAGGUUUUCUAUUUGAUUCUACUGAUUCUAAUUUCCUAUUUGAACGCUAGGAAGUACCCACCCCCUUCCCUCUCUCUCUCUCUCUCUCUCUCUCUCUCUCUCUCUCUCUCUCUCUCUCUCUCUCUCGAUCUCUACCUGCACUAACACAGAUACUGUCUUUUGUCUCCUUUAUAUUAUUCUAAUAGUUUCCUUGCCAUUCGAAUCCCCUUGUGACGAUUAGAUCUGCAUUAACACAGAUCUCGUCGUCAAUCCUUGUAAUUUCGUCACAUUCAAUCUGACUCCUCGUCGUUCUCAUUCCGGCAUUCUCUGAUAUGUUUGCCUAUCAAUAUCUUCGAAAGAAACCUACAGGGAAGUACCACUCUCUUUGACGGUCUUGUCUUCAUACUCGUUCAUUUCAAAGCUCUUGAAACGCCCUGGGGAUGGGGUUUUAUAGUGUCAUCUCUCUCUCUCCCUCACUCUCUCUCCCCCCCUCUCUCUCUCUCUCUCUCUCGCUGGGUUUUCUCACCGUCAGUAGGCUGGUGCCGUUUACCUCAGGUUGUGUAAGGAGAGGGUUUAUCGAAUAUCGGUUCUGUUGAGGGAUGGAGGAGGGGAAGGAGAGGGAGAUGGAGUCAUUUCCUCCGAUAGUUCCGGUACCACAUUAUGCCAUUUUUCGUUUUUCACUCGGACAAGGCCCUCCACGUUUAACAUUCAAAUAGAUCUCUUGGACCGCGGAAGAAGCCAAGUCAGGUCCUUAGCUAAUCUUAUCAACGUUCUCGCCGGAUCAACGAUCCUUCUUACGUACCGUGAUGCCUUAAUUUUCAAGCAUCUACUAGUGGGCAAGGAGAUGCCAUUGUCCUCCCCUUUCAUUUCUUCUUCCCCUUCGCUGUGUUGAAGAAGAAUUCCGCUCCAGUCUCCUGAUCAUUCCGACUUCAGUUCCUUCUUGGUCUGCAUGUGAUGAAAUCGUCUCUUGAGCGGCUAAGCGGUGCUCUCCGCAGAUGUCGAGUUCAGUACAUCGGAUCUUCCUUCCAAGGAUCUAUUUUAGGGUCUGUUCCCUUUUCCUCCUUUUCAUCACUUUCUCACUAGUGCGUCUCAUUGGAAAAACUGCUGUUUGAAGAUGGGGAUAUAGUGGCCAGUAUGAACUUCUUUCUUAUUAGAAUUUCCAGUCAAUAUACUGUCGCUGGCUCGCUAGUCAGCUUUUCAGCGCAGUUGAGAUGAUCAGAAGACACUCUGACUAAUACUCUCUCUCUCUCUCUCUCUCUCUCUCUCUCUCUCUCUCUCUCUCUCUCUCUCUCUCUCUCUCUCUCUCUCUCUCUCUCUCUCUCUCUCUCUCUCUCUCUCCCUUCUCUCUCUUCUCUCUCUCUCUCCCUUCUCUCUCCCUUCUCUCUCUUCUCUCUCUCUCUCCCUUCUCUCUCCCUUCUCUCUCUUCUCUCUCUCUCUCUCUCUCUCUCUCUCUCUCUCUCUCUCUCUCUCUCUCUCUCUCUCUCUCUCUCUCUCUCUCUCUCUCUCUCUGCGAGUUUGUGUUUUUACAGCCAUCCUCUCUCUCGUUUCUUUGUCAGGUAAGCGUCCCAUGCAACAACAUGAUGAGCGUGGUCACUGUAAGAUGCGGACACUGUGCCAAUCUUCUGUCUGUGAACAUGGGAGGAAUGCUUCAGGCUUACCCUCUUCAGGAUUUCCAGGUUUACAUCUCUCUCUCUCUCUCUCUCUCUCUCUCUCUCUCUCUCUCUCUCUCUCACUCACUCACUCACUCACUCCUCACUCACUCACUCACUCACUCAAACGUGAUUCUGUCGAAGACAGUGUGCGUACAAAAUCAAUAAAUAUCUUUAACAUGAAAAGGGGAAAUGAUUUUCUAAUUUCUCUGAAUGCAUUUCUGAUAUAUGUAACUAUUUUCAAUUGAAGAAUACAAUGACGAUUCAAAGGAACUAUUCCCAAGAGAGAGAGAGAGUUAACGGAAGGAAAGAUAACGAUGUAACAAGUUAAAACCUUGGUCAAUCGUGGAAUAUCUGGCCGUUCCUUUGUAUUUUAGCGCUGUUGGAUCAUAUUCUGCAGAGUCACAAGCUGAGGUACCAGGAGCAAGGCACCCAGUACGAACCUUCUUCCUCCAAAGGCGAGAGGGCGCCCGCGAUGAGCUUUCCGGAGAACGAUCGACGACCCGUCUUACCCGUCCGCCGUACGUCUCUCGGCCGAUACGUCCCAUAGUUGUCGCUUGAUCAUGUAAAGCCAUAGAUUAAUCUCCGAGCUGUAUGCUUUAGCGAUGAUUCUUAUCUGAUGAUCUCGUGGUGCUUCCAUGAACAGCUCCUGAGAAGAGACAACGUGUUCCCUCCGCAUAUAACAGGUUUAUUAAGUAAGUCAACAAGAAACUACUUGGAAAUAUAUAAGAUUUUUCCUUUAUUUUUCUGCACCAGGAGAUCUCAGAUGGAAGUUAACCUUGCUUUCUUCUCGUUAUUCCAUCCAUGUCAGGGAAGAGAUCCAAAGGAUAAAGGCGAGCAACCCCGACAUUAGCCAUAGAGAAGCUUUUAGUGCUGCAGCAAAGAACGUAAGAGCCGCUACAAUGCUUCCAUGUCAUAAAUGCCUAAUCCAUAUGGUAGAUAUAUGCUCAUUGUCAAUAGUCUGCACAAAAAUAAAAAUGUGAAGCUUUUCAUAAAAUCACAUCGAAUAAGGCUUAGAGAAGUUGGAUUCAUUUCAUUCUCACACCUUCAGAUUUUAAUUUUCAUUCUGACAAUUGGGGAUUGGAGGGUGGGACAAAAAUGCUAUCCCUGAUGACAGGAAUCUGUCCCUUGAUUUAAUUCAAUACACCGGAUAUCAAGUCAUAGAGGAGAAAUUAUUUUCUUCCAAUACAUAAUCACCCAAGCAUGGAAAACCAAGCUCUUGUUUCACAAAAAACUGGCUGAAGAAAACGUAAUCUUCAUACAUAGUGCAAAACAAAUGAUAACACUAUCAAAUAAUAUACAUCUUGGCGUGGGGGGGGGGGAGGAAUAGACCGAUUGGCAUGCUAGGAGAAUGAAAUAAAAAUUUAUUUUCAGCCAUUCUAUCAGCAAAGAAGAAAGAUCGAAACUCGUAUACGUUACCAUACAAAUUUGACGAGCAUAUAACACUGUCGGAUUGUAAUUUUCAAAGAUAUUAACUAAAACCUAUUCGAAUAAAAGAAUCCAAUGAGAAUCUAUCAUCAUCACCAUCUCCCACUAAAAUCCUGAAUUAUAUCACCUGAAACAAGGAGAUAUUCCUCGUUAAAUCUGUCCAGUUACAUUCGAAUUGUAUAAUCUUGUAUCUUUUAUUUACUUUUGUUGAGUUACAUUAAAUGCCAUCUUAACUCUUAGAAAUCUUCAAAACAUGAAGUCCACAUUUUCCUUUGUGCUUUCUUUACACUUUCAUAAUUUUGAACUCAUUAUAAAUUCAUAACUGUUUUACAUAACCUUGAACUGAAUCCGACUUCAGAUGCUAUCAGCUUUCAUCAUUUAUAUGUAAAAGCGUACGAUAUUAUCACAAUAAUUUCAUGAAAUAAAUUUUGAAUUUUUUUUAUUAAUCAGACAUAGAGGUCGUAGAAAUAUCGAUUUUUUUCAUUUUUAGGUCAGAUUCUUGGUAAAUGUGACUGAGUGCAUGUGCACAGAAAUAUUCAAUAGCCAUUCAGCGUUCUAUCUAAAAUGGAUCUCAUUCCUGGUAGGAGUCAUCUGCAUUACGUGCUUAAAGAAGUUAUUCACAAUUUCUCCCCUUCAGAAAACAAAAUAAGGAAGAGAUAUAUCCAACUUAAGGAAAGACAUAACAAGUUUAUGGACUAAAUCCUAAUCGCUACCUCAUCACCCUUGAAAUUUUCUCAACGGUAUCCAAGACUACGAAAUCCUUGAUUACUGAUGAAAAUCCAUACCAAAUAAUUAAACCAGUUUUUUUGUUAGGAUCAGUCUAUGUUUCUUUCUAGCGUAGAACAUAUGGGGCACGCAACGUGCAUAUGAUUUCAUCCUUCCCUAGUGAUUGUCUGUAUCCACAAGCAUGCAACAAAAUUAGUUCAGGCCACCAAAGAGGGUUUACCACUUGGGAUCAGUCGACAUCCCAGCUACAAGGAAUCAAAUUGCUCCAAGACAGUCAACUAGGUCUGUGUUUGUCAUUAGAAACAUGAGAAAGUCUCCGAAUCUAGUCAUGUGUAGCUAUUGCACUGUAGUUACUGAUUCUUAGCGACUAACAGAAGAGGAAAAUUAUAGGCGAAGGUGUUCUGAUAGAUCCAAGAUAUCAAGUACUACAAAACUAGUAAUAUUGAUACAACCCUAGAAUUUUCGAGAUGAAGGGUAUCAUACCCUCAGUUAGAAAGGUCCUGAAGACCGCUUUGUAGGGAAAAAAUUUCAUUUACUGGGGUGUGUUAAUACGUUAAUCUCACGUUCUUCCUUAGAGAAACCUUUUCUGUUUUACGUAGCAUACUUGUUUCGUUUCGAAAUGCUUUCGAGAAAGUUGUUUGCAAAGACAGCAUAAAGGAUUUUAAAUUUGAUAUAUCGCAAGAUCAGCCCUCCUUGGCACAUGUAGUACAUGUAUUUGGAGAAUAUCUCAUUGCCGCAUUAUCUCGUUUGACAUCCUCUCAUUUUCAUGGAAAUUUUAUAAUUCCGUCUUAAAUUAUUUGUCACCCACUCAUUCUGUCUUCUGCAUCGCGAUAGCCCAUGGAAUUGAGCAGUAGACGAGAUCCUUUGUUAUAUGAGAGUGAGUUAUAAUGACAUGAAUUAUUAGACCAAGGGAGCCCUCGAAGAGGAAGCAAGAUUAGCCUGAAAACAGUCGAUGGUAAUAGGCCGGUGGACACCAAAUCUUUCAAUGGAUAGCGUCUUAUCUGCCAUUUCUUUUUUAACAGCAGUUAUCCACCGUGACGAAUGCUACCUAAGGGAUGAAUUCCGUGACUGCUUGGUAGAGGAGAAACGUUGGGGAUUCCUAGUUUGACACCUACUCUCGCGCCAAAGUUUAGACAUCCUCUCAGCUAUGGCAUUCGGAAUAGUCGCAUGAGUAAUAAUAUAAAAUGCUACUCCUGGUUGAUCCUCAGUCUUUACGUUGGCAGUCUUUGAUUUCCUUUGAUUCUUUAGACAGUCAUGUAUCUGCGAACUACUCGUUUUCUAGAAAUGGAUUGCAUUCGUGGAGCAGAACUCACAUGGAUUAGUCAUAUCCUGAAAAUACCAUGCUGACCUUGUUGCAGUGGGCUCACUUCCCAUACAUCCACUUCGGGCUAAACCUGGAGGACGACAAGCAGGCGAAGGUCGACGAGGCCAUUUCUGCUGAAGGAGCGCCCAAGUCUCACGGAAUCUACUGA